GCACACACCUCCGGGGCCGCCCUAGCAGUCGCCGCCCGGGCUCUAUGGUCCCUCCCUAGAGCUUUCCAGGAGGGGGAGGCUGCCCGGGUCCUGGUGGGUUGCGCGACCCCGAGCUGCAACAACAUGGAGGAAUUCGACUCCGAAGACUUCUCCACCUCGGAGGAAGACGAAGACUACGUGCCGUCGGGUGGGGAGUAUAGUGAAGAUGAUGUCAAUGAAUUAGUGAAGGAAGAUGAAGUGGAUGGUGAAGAACAGACCCAGAAAACCAAAGGGACAAAACGGAAGGCUCAGAGCAUUCCAGCCAGGAAAAGGAAACAAAGUGGCCUCUUGUUAGAAGAGGAGGAGGAGGAAGAGGAUACCAGGGCAGAAUCUGGAGGAACUAGUAGCGAAGAAGAAGAUGGAGAAGAGCAAGAAAAAGGCAUUGGGUCAGAGGUUGCAAGGAAAAAGAAAGAAGAUGAACUGUGGGCCAGCUUCCUCAAUGAUGUGGGACCAAAGUCAAAAGCAUCCCCAAGUACACAGGUUAAGACAGGAGAAGAGAGUGAAGAGACAAGUUCAAGGAAGUUGUUGGUAAAAACAGAUGAUUUAGAGAAACCUAAAGAAACUGAAAAAGUUAAAAUCACCAAGGUGUUUGAUUUUGCUGGUGAGGAAGUGAGGGUAACUAAGGAAGUGGAUGCUACAUCUAAAGAAGCCAAAUCCUUCUUGAAGCAGAACGAGAAAGAAAAGCCACAGGCUAAUGUUCCUUCAACGCUGCCAUCACUCCCUGCUGGAUCAGGUUUAAAAAGACCAAGUGGCAUGAGCAGCCUCUUGGGGAAAAUUGGAGCCAAGAAACAGAAAAUGAGCACCCUUGAGAAGUCCAAACUGGACUGGGAGAGCUUCAAGGAGGAAGAAGGGAUUGGCGAAGAGCUGGCCAUCCAUAAUCGAGGGAAAGAGGGGUACAUUGAACGGAAAGCUUUUCUAGACCGAGUGGACCACAGACAGUUUGAAAUCGAGCGAGAUCUCAGGCUGAGCAAAAUGAAACCCUGAUGCUCUGGGGAGAAUCCGUAGCAGCUUAAUCCUGUUGACAAUGUGAGCUUUCUGUGUGUCUCUGAGACAAUUCCAGUGUUCCUCAUCCCCUUUCCCAGCAGGGCCUUUUUUUCUACAUUGAAGUUCUGUUUAUGUAUCCUACUCUCAAGUGAUUUCAUUCAUCUUAUUUCUAAACGUUUGUUGUUAAAUAAAAGUCAGACUUCUACUAGG